AACACUGUCUCGCCUCAACAUGGUUAAAACUAUAAUUUUGAUAUCAUGGAUGGUCAGUUCUUGCAUACAUAGCUCUCACUUUGAAUGUGAGUGCUUACAUUUCUCCAGGUCCAUCCCUCAGCUGUUUACCAAAACACAGGCAGGGUGGACUUUGUUAUUGUUUCAAUUAAAGAGUCCAGCUUUAAGAAUGCACACAAUUAUUUUUUUCUUCUCUUGUAUUUAUUGUGUGUUUUCUUACCUACAUUAUUCGUUUUAUUACUGCGUUGUUGGGAAAGAGCUUGCAAAUAAGCAUUUCACUGUACUGUUUUUUACACCUGCUGUGUCCUGUGCACGAGACAAACUUUGAAACAAACACACACAAGCACACACACACAGACACACUCAGGCGCGCACACACACACUCAAACACUCUGAAAAUGAGGGGGCCAGGCUAUUUUGGUGUUCCCCCUCACAUCUCCCUCCCAUCCAUGGACAGGAGUACAAGGGGCAUUGGGGGUCAGACACCUGCUUUCAUUUUAGUCUACCUGGCUGCCUAAUCUCUGCCAUGCUCCCAUCCUUCAUUUGAUAAUUGCCUGGAGCAGUCAUGUGAUUCUUAUUCAACGCUGAUGUCACCAACAUUCCUAUGGAGAGAUUCUGCUCUCCAGUUGAAAUGUAGGCCCGUAGAUGGGCCUGGCCUGCUGUGCUGUCACUGCAGUAUUUUUAAGGAGAACAACUGAUUUUAGGUCUACAGUAUAAAUGAGUAGGCCUACAUACCGAUUAUUGAAAGGGUUUCCUCCGUCUCCUUUCUUCUAGCUUUUGUCCUCUAGGGAGAUGGUAAGUAAAGUAAGUAUAGCCAACUGACUACACAGAUACAAUAAUGUUCUUUCUCAGUUGAGUCAGAAACAUAAUGUCCACUCCACUGGUGUUCCCAGCUAUUUUUAACCUUAUGUUUGGGAAACACCAACACUCGGAUGCCACAUACCGUAUGUACAUUCUACAUAGUGUACAUGCAGUAGUUCACUAUUCAUGUGCUAAAUGGGGCCCUGAAGCAUUCCAGUGUGUUUUGUGCUCUAUCAGCAGCAGACUGGGUCAGCUUAUUGAAUCACAUCCCACUCAGUUGAGUCUCUCCUCUAUCACACAGAUUAACUAAGGACAAGCCACACUUCUCUCAUUUAAUUUGAUCAUUUGUGAUGUGUGUGCCAUAUCUCUCUGUGCGUGGUUGUAUGCCAUGUGUGUGACCCUCACGGGACAGUUAUAAUAAGCCAUUGUGGCAGCCAGAUGAGCAGUGUGUGGAUGAGGAGAGGAGAGUGGGACUGCCACUGGUCUAUUCAGGAAUGCUCGCAGAAUCCCCGUCUCUCGAAAACUCUCUCACACACACAGAGCAGUCCAGUCUCUUACACUCUCUCACACACACAGAGCAGUCCAGUCACAUCCGCUUGCUCCGGAACAUUCUUUCACGUCAUUACAUCAGUUUCAGAAGAGUCCAAUCUCUCCCUGGAGAAAGAGGAGAGCGAAACAGAGAGAAGGAGGGAGAGAGUGAAACACGAGAGAGUGCUCUAUUUAACACCAUGGAGACAGCCUGGAUACUGGGUAGAGCGUGAGUCGAAAAGCAAGAUUUUAAAAGGAGGGCACGUGUGAUUCUUCUCCAUCGACUCUACUGUGUCCGAUGGGCAGCAGUAGCAGCAGCAGGCUGUUUGGUACCCUGGCCCAGACCCUGAACAGUGCUCCCCUGGCCCAGAAGGACUACUGCCCAGACCCAGAGCACCAGGACUCAGACCAGGACCCGGAGGGCCUAGAGCAGACCGACCCAGACCAGCUGCUCAGGGAGUGCGAGGAGGCCCUCCAGAACCGGCCGGCCCGGCCACACAGGGACCUGGUCUACCCUGCAGACCCAAAACACCAGCACCAAUACAGGAACCAUGAGCAGCAGCACACACCGUCCAUACGGGUCAUGACGUGGAACAUCCUAGCUCAAGCUCUAGGGGAGGGUAAGGAUGGCUUUGUGCGAUGUCCUCUGGAAGCUCUGAACUGGGCUGAGAGGAAGUACCUGAUCCUGGAAGAGAUCCUCACCUACCGCCCUGACAUCCUGUGUCUCCAGGAAGUGGACCACUACUACGACACCUUCAAGCCCAUCCUGGCCAGCCUGGGCUACCACAGCACCUUCCUGCCCAAGCCCUGGUCCCCCUGCCUGGACGUGGCCAGCAACAACGGCCCUGACGGCUGUGCUCUCUUCUACCGCCACGCCCGCUUCAGCCUUCUCCACACCUCCCACCUGCGCCUCUCUGCCAUGAUGCUGCCUACCAACCAGGUGGCCAUCGUGCAGACGCUGCGUUGCCGGGCGACGGGCCAGAGGCUGUGCGUGGCCGUGACCCACCUGAAGGCGAGGAGCGGCUGGGAGAGGCUGAGGGGUGCCCAGGGGGCUGACCUACUGCAGAGCCUGAAGGCUAUAACCUCACGGGCAGCUGGGUCAGACCCAGUCAGUAGGGGAGCUGGGGGAGGGAAUGGGACAGAGGGGGUGCCUCUGAUAGUGUGUGGGGACUUUAACGCUGAGCCCUCGGAGGACGUGUACAGGCGUUUUAUCUCCUCCCCCCUGGGUCUGGACUCAGCCUAUAAGCUGCUGAGUGCAGACGGGCAGACAGAGCCGGCCUACACUACCUGGAAGAUCCGUCCCUCAGGGGAGAGCUGCAGUACCCUGGACUACAUCUGGUACUCUCAUGGUGCUUUCACUGUGGACACCCUGCUGGACAUACCCACUGAGGAACAGAUAGGACCUGACCGCCUGCCCUCAUACCACUACCCCUCCGACCACCUCUCACUGCUCUGUGAUUUCAGCUUCAGGGAGCCCAGGGAUCAACCUCAUAGGCUGAUGUAGGCUGCCUAUCACAGAGGCAUCGGCCAAUAGGGCUCCAGUUCAGGACAAUGCAGGAAGAAUCGACUUGAUCAAACAAUGUGUGGGAGUGUAAUACUGGAGAACUGAAUGCUUAUUUUACUUGACCUGGUGGUGAAAUUUGAUUCUGCAGACUUGACACCAGAGAGUAGAUAUUUCUUUUUUAUAAAAACCAGCACUUGCUGAAAUUUACUUUUUUCCCCUUGAGGUAGUUUUCUGUCAAGUGAGAUGUUAUCCCUCAUGAUCGUUUUUCUUCAUGUGAGGUGUUUAACUGGUUUUAAAGGAACUGGAGAAUAGGAUCAUAUCAAUACUGUAACUGCUAUAAUUUUCAGUGCUGUGGCAGCAAGAUUGCCAAUGAGCAUGUCAAAAUAAAAUACUUAGACAUUCUGA